ACAAGUGUAGGCGGGGUUUGUUUCCAGGAAGUAAGCGGCGUGCCAACGGCCCUCACAUUGUCGCUAACUCAACUUUUAGCUUGCCAUUCUCACAGUUAGCGUUUCAUUUAACCUUUUCCUAAUCCACAAACAUGGGUGACGAUGAAGAAAAGUACGACGGAAUGUUGCUUGUUAUGGCACAGCAACACGAAGGAGGAGUACAAGAGUUAGUAAACACAUUUUUCAGCUUCCUCCGCCGCAAAACCGACUUCUUCACUGGAGGUGAUGCUGAUGCUGCAGAGAAGUUAGUGAAGGAUGCUUUUGCACACCACAGUAAGCUGGCGCUGAAAGCCCACAAAGACAAGCAGAUGAAACAGGAGAAGGAAAAGAAAGAGAAAGCUGAAAGAGCUGCCAAGCUGGCAGAGGAAGAGAGAAAAAAGAAAAACGACGACGGUCCCAGAAUUCAGGAACUGACUGAUGAAGAAGCAGAGAAACUUCAGUCUGAACUUGACAAGAAAAAGAAGCAAGAGGAGAAAACGGAGACAACCCCAACAAAUGCAGAAAAAGAGAAGGGGUCUGACUCAGAAGGAGAGGAAGACGAGAAGGACAAAGAUAAGCUGAAGCCUAAUGCCGGAAACGGAGCUGACCUGCCCAACUACAAGUGGACGCAGACCCUGUCUGAAGUUGAUCUGGCGGUGCCUUUUGAUGUGAAGUUCCGCAUUAAGGGGAGAGACGUGGUGGUGGACAUCCAGCGACGCUCCAUCAAGGUCGGCCUGAAAGGACACCCUCCUGUCAUCGAGGGGCAGCUCUACAACGAGGUGAAGGUAGAAGAAAGCUCCUGGCUCAUCGACGACGGCAAGGUUGUUACAGUGCACCUGGAAAAGAUUAAUAAAAUGGAGUGGUGGAGCAAGAUCGUUACCACAGAUCCAGAAAUCAACACCAAGAAAAUCUGUCCAGAGAACUCAAAGUUGUCAGACCUGGAUGGGGAGACGCGUGGUAUGGUGGAGAAGAUGAUGUACGACCAAAGGCAGAAAUCAAUGGGCCUGCCUACGUCUGAAGAGCAGAAGAAACAAGACAUUCUUAAAAAGUUCAUGGCUCAGCACCCAGAGAUGGAUUUCUCUAAAGCCAAGUUCAGCUGAGACCAGCUGUUGCAGGCUUCACCGGUAGAAUCCACAUCAUGGUUCACACAAACCACGUUAGAGCCAACGUCAGGCACCAACCCAGCUUCCCUUCAUGUGUUCUCUUCAUACUAGACAUGCGUUUUUGUUGAUUAACAUCUCUUAAGGGCAGAGGUGUGUGUUUCAGUUUUUCCUUUUGUUAUGAGAACAUGGUCUGAUGACCGGAACAUCUGCAUUCUCUCUGUGCAUGUCGUCCAAAUAUUUAAAGAUGUGUCUGGAUUUUUUUUUUUAUAAAUGAAUUUAAAAUCAAA